UAGUAGGCUGUGGAAAGUCGGGCGGAGUUGUAUCAAGAGAGCAGUGUGGUGGUGAAUGGGAUGGAACAAAACAACUACGAUCAAGUGUUUAGCAUGUCUGUAAACAGAAAAAAGAAACACUUCCCUUCAAGUGGCUGUCUCUUGGUGUGUAGUCCAGUGAAUGUUUUGCAUGAGAAGUCUGCUACGUUGCGGCUUCUAUGAAGUGUUGUGUAGCUACUAGAUGUUUAAGAGAAUUAUCAGCCUAUUAUUGCGUGUAGCAAUUUGUUAGGCAGUGAGUGACGAGCUUCAUUGUUACUGUGUUAAGGGUGUUAGUUCGCGUCUGCAGCACAUGCGCACACGUCUUUGUGCUUAUUUUAUUUAUUGAUUUUUGGCCCCCUUCUACCGCCACUUCAGCCUCGUCGGGUCUUUAUGUUUCUUCUUUAAAAAUUUUCACUUUUCCUCUCGUGUAAUGAAACGAGUGACAAUCGAAAUGCAAAGUGAUUAGGAGUAAAAAUGUUUUUGUUGCGUACAACACGAUCUUAGCUGAAAUAACCGUCACGAAAAAGUGCAGCAGUUUUGGCAGGAAGAGAAAGUAAAUUAAAUUAUGUAUUUUUUUGUUACCUUGAUGCACAAUUUUGUUUUCAUAUAUCCGGGCAGUGCUUCGCAACGACUGUGGACCUGCAGUAAUACCGUGUUCUGGAAUUUUAAAGGCAGGCAGGAGUGUGACAAAGACGAGAAAUAGCCGGGAACCGUCUGAGCGAGCAGCAUCAGGUUGUGUGGUGAUGAACCGAUGGUUUGGUUCAAGGACUCGGAAAGCGACAGAUCGAAGAAUGGAACAUUAUGAGUUCGAACAGAGGUCCACUUGACCGAAGACCUGAUAUCACUUCUCUUCGUUGCUGUUGCUCCAGAAGUGGGAAACUGAAACUAUGACAACUGCCGUUACAUGCUCCAGUGUGUACUUCUCUCAUUACCCGCCUUUGAAUCGGGCGUAACGAAAGCUCCGAGAGUCCUAAAAUGGCGGCCACAUCGAUGAGGAUACCCAGUAAACACCAGACACCACUGAAGACUCUGAACCAAGGGAAUAACUUCCUGCGAUCGCAUCGGACAGUGAACACAGUGAAACGGAAAAGCGCCGUGGAGCUGUUGCAAGAGUCAAAAGCCUUCUAUGUGAAAUCCGAGAGAGUUUUGGAUCGGAAGCAGGAACUGAAAAACAGUGGCCACCUUCAAGUGACUUCAUCAGCUGUGGACACAGUGUUUUUGCGUGGUCCAUUGCUCAAGAAAUCAUCAUCUGGGCCAACAUGGGUCAACAGUGUACAGAACCAAGAUCCCGGUAGCAGGCAUGAACAGGACAGUGGAAGAUAUCUUCAUCAACAUGUAUUACUUCUGAGCCCCCCACCAACAUUACCACCACGUCCCAACCCCUUGCAACUAGCUUCUCAGCAACAUACUCCACCCCCUCUUCCUCCUAAAUCCCCACGCCUUGUGCCAGCUGCACAGAGGCGGUCAGGUUCAAACCCAAGUGGCGAUCAGCUUCAGACAAAACUUCGCAGACUUCUCAGUGCUGACUCUAAAGAGAACUUGUAUAGACGAUUAUGGGAUAGUGAUGAUCAGGAUAUAAAGACAGUGGCAGGGGAUGAGCGGCCAUUUGCUGGGCCACGGCCAUAUGGACGUAGCAUCUCCCAGGUGCAGACUACAGUUCAGGGGCCAAGCCCCAGUAAUACCUGCAGAGUGCACCACAAGUCCCUGCCAGAUCUGCAUACCAGUCCUACCAGGACCAAUGGCACCUCUUCUAAUGAAAGCAGUAGCAAGAGCAGCAGUAGUGCAAGCAGUAGCAGCAGUAAUGGAAGUAGUCACACCAGUGAACAUUGUAGGCGGUCAGUUGGGUCAGCACCAGGGGCUGCCAUGAGUACCACAUCACAGCAUAGUCAGCACAACUUGAGUUCCAGUCCAUUUCAGUCAUUUGCAACAACACCACAUUGCUUCACGAGGUUACCGUCAGGAGAGAGUGAAGAAGUUAGUCCAGACACAGACAGGAGCCCUGGCACUGGAUUGGACAGUGGGAUGGAUGAGUGCUCUACUACUAGGCACAACAGUGCUAGUAGUUACAGUGACAGCUGUGCGGAAGAACCAACUGUAACACCUCUGUAUAGGCUGACCACAUGUGAUACAGUCCAGAAAAGUGAGAGACGCCGACCAAUCUUGAGAUCAAAGUCAGAUAUUAGUCAUCGGUACUCAGUAGCUCCAAGGCCAUCUCUUCCUCCCCAACCUCCCUCUGGUGCUCAGCUGGAUAAGUUCUUUGAGCAGUUGGGACUUGACACUGGUGAUUUCAGGUCCUUAUCAGCGCCUGCAUCUGGAUCAUCAUCACCUGUGUUUUUUGAGAGUGUGAGUUCAGUGGAAUCAGGGACAAGUCCAUGGGGGUGUGCUGGGGCAACUGGACCUGGCAGUGUGGGAUCAGGUAACCUACAGAGGCCUGCAGAACAACUCUCCAUUGUUGAACGAAAUGCACGCAUCAUCAAGUGGCUGUGCAACUGUCGCAAGGCUUACCUUGGAGCCAGAAAGUCCAGCUGACUUGUGCAGACUAAGCAGGGAUAACACAGCCCAACAUUGUGCAGUGGAUGAACCGUUUGGAUAUCUCAGAGCAAAGAAACUAACAGUCUGGUGCAUAAUCCAUUGAAUUACAUUCUGGACAUUACAAGUAUUAUAUAUAUUCCCCCAAAUUAUGUUAUGAAACACACUGUGGACGGGUCUGUCAAAAAACUGUGAUUUAAAUCCCAUGCACUGUGUAUGUACCAUGUAGUUCUUCAUUUUUAUCAGCAUUACUGUGUUAUUCUUUGCCUUGUGGGUGUUGCUGGCUGACAAAUUGACACAAGGUUAUUUACAGCUUGAAGAGGAAUGUUUAGUUCUAACAAUACACAUUGACCACAUGUAACCUCUGACCUUCCAUGACUACCCAGAACAGUUCUACCAUUUAGUCUGCUCAUUUCCCUUGAACCACCAUGCAGUCUGUUGUAAAUACUGAUUGAAAUAUAGGAUCAUUGUGGUGUCUGAAGUUGCUGACAGUCAAAUUUUAUUGCUCUGCUUUCCACCAGAUACAGAUCACUACUAAUCCAUGCCCUUAGAUGCAGUAAGAGUGCAAAAUCAUGCGUUCAUUCUGCUGUGUUCCAUGUAUUUCUGUAUGAUAUUUUGAAUUAUCAAAUAUGGAUUUGAAUAGCAGAGUUAUUUCUGAUGAUGACCUUUUGUCAGAACUUUAUGGAGAUUUUUUUCAGAUGUAUCUGGUAAUGAAAGCACUGACAAAGAAACAAGACACUGACAUAGCCACCUCAUUUAGGUACUGUCCAUGGGGAAGAUUAUAUCUGGUCAAUGAAAGAGGUUUCCAGCCAGCCAGCAAGUGUAGGAUUUGUGCUGCACACGAGUAUAACAAGACACUAUAUUUUCAGUUUCUGCCCUGUUCUACUGCAUACUGGUUCUUGCUUUGAGAGAUUCAAUUCCAUGAACCACUACUAAACUCCCUACAUGCAUUAAUCAUAUAGUUUACUUCCAAAGCACCAUUUGCACCUUCAAAAUAUAAGUGAAGUUGCUCCAUGUGCUGAUGAGUUAAAUGUCUAUAAAUGUGUGGGAACUGGGAUAUUUUAUUAAAAGGAUGUACCGGUCUGCAGUGUGCUUGGGAUAAAGUGACCUAACAGUUUGGCCUGUUGGAAAGGGAAGAAAAUAUCUUCUCCUUCUGGCAGUACUGUUUUUGUGCUUUCAUUCUCAUCUUGAUGCUAGUACUGCAGAAUCGAGACUGAAACUGGACAUACAAAGGAGCAUUGCUUGUAACAAGCAGACUUGUUGUCUCUGUCACACUCCAGCAACAUUAUUUUGAUAUUAAUGGGUGAAAUAUGUACACAAUUUAAAUCAUUGUUUUAAUAUAAUUGGACAAUACAAUUUUUAAAUCUAUGAUGAUUCCUAGAUUAUAUGUCAGACAUUCCUUCCCAUGUGAUGGGUUAAACCUAAGUGUUAUAUAUGUUAAAAUUAUUCUGUAACUUCUUUGUCUUCUGAAUUAGGAUACUGUGUAUCUUAAAUAACUUAGUUUGGAAAAAGCGUGGUCAUACCACAUGUUAGUGUAAUCUAAUGUAAUUUUUAUAAUAUUAAAUUCAGCUUUCCAGUGCCCUAGUCCAUGUAGAUGAAUAAGGUCAUUUUGUAUAGAACAGAUGUUAUAUAUGUUGGAUUUGCGGUUCUCACAGUGGUUACUGUGAAGGGGACUAUCAUCUGGGAUGUGACACCAUAUAUUCUGGUAGGCAUUCACUGAUGUUUCUGAGGAAUGUACUGCUACCAUCUUCAUGGCUGAAUUGUGAACCAAGCAACCGGUGGCCAAAAAAGAAAUAGCAAGAUUAAUAAGAUGCAGUUGCAAAAUAUGUUUGGAUGUUGGCCUGGGUAGGAGCCCAGAGAUAACCAGUAGGAGCAAGGAGAGGACUAAAGUAUGUUGUCCUUAAAAGCAGCCAUAUUUACAAAAAUGGAGAAGUGGGAGAAAGCAUGAGAAAAAUGACAAGAGUAACAAGUAGGAGGUAUAAGUUGAACUGCAGAGCAACAGGAGUUGUAGGCGGCUGUAACAGAAAAAUCUGGCAUUUGUGUGCCUUGAGAAGGGUGCAUCCCUCACUCAGCUAUCUACUAGCAUUUUGCUCAUUGCUGGUUCACUCUGUGAUCCUGAAGAUGGAGGCAGUGUAGCCCUCUGAAGCAGUGGUGAACUACCAGACUACAUAGUGUUGCAUCCCAGAAGAUAAGUCUCUUUGUAGGCUCUACAUGUUUAUGGUGCAUUAUGCAGAAAAAUAGCUCAACAUGAUUGCAUAUUUAAAUAAAGUGAGGUAAUAAGUUCAAUGUGCAGCAUGUGCAAAACUAAUUAUUUUAGGUAAUGAUAUGCAAACCUUACUACUUAAUGUAUUCAUGGUUAAACCAUGUUACUUCUCUGCCAGUAUAGUAGUGUAGUAUGCAAAAAUGGAAAGAAGAUAUAAUACCUGAUGAAGAUUAUAAUUUAACAAUUUCGGUAGUGUUACGUUAGCCAGAAGGUAAAAUUCUGUGUUAUUAACUGUGUGUAACAUUACAGUUAUUGUACUUUAAUGUUAAUUCAUGGUUAUACCAUAUUUAAGAAGUACGUAAUUUUGUUUAGAUGUCAUUGUAUAGAGAAUUGUUUUGAAUGCCUUUCAAAUUUUUGGACAUCUGCCCAUUCAUAUAUCUCAAACCUCAAAAUGCUUGAAUGCCUGCUUCUGUAUUAUACUUGACCCGUGAGAAGCAUUUACUCAUUUAAAAUGCCAAGUAAUGCACAUUGAAGCAAUGAGUGUUCUUGUAUGAUAGCUUUGUGAAAAGUGGUUCUGCAGAAAAAACUAGAAUAUUCUGGCAUAAAUUUCAGGAUGGUACAUUUCCCUUUAGAAGAAUCAUUUAAAGAACUGUAAAUAAAUUCAGAGGCACAGGAUCUUGCUGGACAAGAAACUGAAACAAACUGCAGAGGGCACCCAUAAACACUGAGUGUUAUGCAUGGAGGCAAAAUUAUUACUAGUGGUUUCUGGCCAGCGUACUCUCCUGACCUCAAGCUUACAGGGAGCUGUAAAGUAAAAAGUUUUCACAUUAAACCCUCACACAAUUAAAGAACUCACAGAAAAUAUCCAAAGGAAGUUCAGCCUGUUUUCCAUGAACAAUUUAAAUGUUCGAAUGUCAACUUUUUAUGUAGGUACCAGAAAUGUGCAUGGGACAUAGCAAUUCCAGUGUCUGCUGUAGCAUGGGUAACUUUUAUUUGCAUUGUGUUUAGUUGUAGGUUUGUCAGUUCUGCUUCCAAAUGACCAAGGGCCUGACUUUACAGGAGGAGUAUCUGAUUCAGUGAUGUGCAGGGAGCUUGAAAAAAUAAUUAACUCUUUCUGUUACAUCCAGUCUUCCUAUUGAAGGAUUAGAUUGUCAGUUACAAUGCACUUACUUUAUUCUUGUGUUCUGUGAGGAAUGCAUGUCUUGUAUACCCAUGUUGUAAAGGUCCAUUAACCCAUGGGUAAGGCAGUUUUUCUGAUAAUUUCCAACAAAUCAAACAUUUACAACCAACAAACUAACCCCUUACAAACCAAUUUUUAAGUUUCCUGUUUAUACACUUGGCCUGAAUUAAAACACAAUUUUUAAACUUCUCGUGUGCUAAGUGUUGGAAAGUAAAUUGUAUUUACUACAUAUUUUAAAGGCAAAUAAAAAAUUAGGUUAUUGAGAAUGAAUCCAUGUAGCUGUGUACAGAUUUUCAAAAUUAGCAGUCUUCAUGUAUGAAGUUAGUGAGCAGUCCUUUAGAAGUGUUUUGUGUAUAUUCAUACAUCUUGUCAUUUAUGCUUUGAAAUAUGGGGAGUUAGUAGACUUACAGGCACUGUAAUAAACGACAGCUGUACCAUAGUGCUUUGAUCUGUGGCCCCAUAAUAAAACUAUAUCCUUUGCAACAUGUCAAUCUGUGACUCUGAUCAUGUACAUUUGAUAUAAUAGCUAGGUGAAUGAACAGUAAUUUCUUUGUGAUAGAGAGUUAAUAGCUUCCUUCUAAGAUUUUGAUAACACUGGACUGACUGUUUAUAGUUCACAAGUUAUUAUCCAAAAGGGGAAAAUAGCCUAACCAAUAUUUUCUCAUGGAUAUACUUAUGCCACUUUUGUCAUAAGUCUUUGGUGUAUAGUCUUCAUGCCAAAUAUGACCGAUUUGCUGCCCAAAGCAGGCUGCUUACACACUGUGGCAGAUGAUCUUAUAUAGCAUGAGAUUUUACACAGGGCUUUAUUCCUCUCUACAACAUUUAUUCAAAACAUUUUUGGCUCUGAUAAAUAUCUAGUGAUUUACAUAUAAGAUGUAUGCAGAGACACAUGGGUCUUCAUGUAAGUGCUUUGUUACUAUUAUAUGCUGAGACAGACACAGUCACAAUGAAGUUGAUGGAUGCAUUUUUUCAGUAUUUUGUUGUAUACCCACCGAUAAGUUGAUCACACCACCAUAAGUAAUAAACCAUUACACCUAUAUUUUUGAAAUAUAAAAAUCUUGAGGAGAAAUAGUUAGUCUGAGACCAUGUGAAAAGCAAAUGAUGUAAGAAGAAUUGUUUUUGAAGGUCUUUGCACAGUUGUAUGGAACAAUAAAGAAGGAAUGGAUGAAUGAAGAGAACUGCAAGUAUUUCAAGAGUUUUGUAACUGGUAUGAAAAUGACUCAGAAGGACUUCCAACAUGCCCUUGUGCAGAAAUAAGUUGAAAAGGCCAGGAGAUUACCUCAUUUGUGUUAACUGCUUGUUUUGGAGAAAUAAUUUACUAGGCUUGAGGUAAUUCCAGAAAUUAUUGGCCAUUUAGACCCUCCGAGAUAUAAUGAUGUACAUGUUCCAUAUGAGGAAUAAAAAGGGAGGACAAAUAAAGUGUAAGAGUGUGAUUUUGGAAUUUUUAUUGGUGAGCAUUUUGAAGCUGCGAUGUAUUAUUAGGGGAUGCUGGAAGCCUUCAACACCAGACAACCCUCACUAUACAGACAUGCAACAGAUAAGAUUUGUUUUGUUAUGGCAUGGAGAGUAAUACUUUGAAACCAUCCUAAGGAUUGCCAGGCCAGCUAUAGAUAGUGUCUGUCAGUGACUAAUAAUGCGGGUUCUGGAUUGGAUGAAUGGGUUUAUUUACUCCUGAUACACACCACCAGUAAUUAGAUGUAAUUAUAGGACUAUUGCUAUUUACACACUUUCCAGUCCACCAUUGCACACGCACUAGGAUUCUGUUUCCACUAGUUUUCUCCUAGCUACAGAUCUCAAGAAAGAAAUUAGCAUCUCAAAUCACUAUGAAGUCUUCUUGCUAUUUCAUCUUCAGUCACUCUUGAACCUCAGAACUAAACAUUGUUAUGGGCUCUUCCAGCUCAUGACUAACUCAUAACUGCCCUCAACACAUUCUGUCAUUCUUUCUUGUAUAGCCACGGAACAGACCUGGACCUACAAUAAACACAUAACACGUGAUUGCUAUCCAGGCAUUCUAUUGGCACAUUGGUUGGUUUUACAGAAAACACAGCUUCCUCUUUUGUUGUGUGUUGGACUGUGUUUACAGUGCUGUUGCCUGGCAGUGCAUUGAACAAUUCCAUUACAAUAUAAUUCAUGGGCCAGGGUGUGGUUAGGCUGUAGGUUGAAGCAGGACUACAGGAAAAUUUAUAACUGUUCUCUUUUAUGUCGGCCACAAAUCAGAUUUGAAGUUGGUAGAAAUUUCAGUGUGUUUAUAACGUUUGGAUAUCUGAAAUUGGAGACACCAUGAUGCAGUGUCAUAUGACUGUGUUUUUAGAGGAAAAAGAGCCCCCUUUGGUAUAAAUCCUGUAGCAUAAACUAUAUUGUAAUUCAGAUUUCAUAAGGAGAAUGAAUGUAUAUAAAUGAGAGGCAUGUCAUCAAUAUAUAUUGCAUUCCAUUUUUCACAAGCUAUCUUUUUUCCUGAAUAUAUAGUAAUGUUAGAAUUACUAUAAGGUUGUUGGUCUACAGACACCAGAAAAAUAUGAUUAAAUAUUAUGUUUAUCAAUAAGGAAAUAUACAAGAGUCACUUUUGUGUGUCAUUUGAAAAAUUAAGGUAUUGGCCAUUAAUGUUCAUGGAAAAAUGGGUGAGUGUGAACAUAUUGUUCUUGGGUAAAUCACAUCAACACAGAGAUGUAUUCAUAUUAUCCCAGAAUCUUUAAAUGUAGUUCAAAUAGUAACAGCUGAUCUUGUCUUACUGAAAGUAUGAAACAUAUUUUGGUCUUCUGGGUUAUGAUGCCAUAUAACCUGCUAGGUGGGUGCCAAAUAUAUAUUACCUCAAUUUUCAGGGUAAGAUGGAAGUAUGUAUUCUCUGAAAUGUUGAUACCCUCCUACCAGAUUACAUGGUGUCAUAAUCCAGAAGACCACUAGCAUGAAAACCUUGACAUUUCACAAGUAGAAACACCUAAUUGUAAGUUGAGGAAUCAGUCUACACAGUUUCACCAUUGCAUCUUGAUUUUCAGCAGUCUAGUCUCAAAAAAUUAAAAUUGACCAAAUUUUUCUGACUUUCAGUUCCGAUCUGUUGGGAAAGUUGUGUUCCAAAUACCACAGAUUUAAACACAUUUAAUGCACAUAGCAUGGCACUUCUAAAUAUGAUUCUUCUUGAAGGCCAUGUGGUUUAAUUUCACAGAUCUUGGUUUCUGUGGCUCAGAAUUUGCGUUAGUUUCAUUCAGUAUUUUUAUCAAUUUUGUGUUCAUCAGUUCAUUUAGUAGACACACUUCAGAAAAUGUAAUGGCAUAACUGUGACCUAAAUUCUGAUGAUGCAGUAUACUAAGGAUUACUGAGUUUCUGGGCUUUGUCAGUCAUCUAGAACUCCAAACAGAACAACAUUUUAGGAUGGGUAUUUCUCCAUCCUUCAGUGAAUAGGUGAGGAGGCGCCUACUCAUUAGAGUCUGUUAAAACUGAUCUCAAUCCCUGGACAACCUAAGUCACCGACACACUGUGUUCUGUUUGGAAUACUAGCCCAGAACUGCAAAAAUAAUAAUUGUGAUUCGUUUCAUACUUCCAGCUCAGCAGUAUUGAAUUACUAAUUUCAAUUUCUUUUUUUUUUUCUUAAUUCCGUAUGCUCAAAAAUAAAGGGUUUUAACUCCUUAAUGAAUGUUGCGUGGCUAAUAAGUAUGGGUGAGUGGUCUACUUAACUUUUGUUGCCUUAUUGGUGGUAGUAGUGUGUACAAUUUGUUCGUAAUGUAUGAAAGCAGAUGUUCUUCUUUGAAGACAGCAGUUAAAGUCAAUGGCAAUCUUCAGUAGGUACUUCAGGCCUUUAUGGUAUUCACUAAACUCCUUGUUAUCCAGUAUCUGAGGAUCUGGAAUUCUCGUCUAACCAGAAAAUGUUAAAAACAAAAUAAUUUUUUUAUCGCCAAUCAAAAACAAGUUUGUGAUGUGCAUAUGUUCACUAACCACAUGGUAGUUCUCCAACUGCCACAGCAGCACUACCCAACAUCAUCCCUCACAUAGGUGCCAUUACAGAAGAGGCUAAUGCCUACUUGAAUUUGUGAUCUCAUAGUAUAUGUAUCUGAAAUGCUCCACCCAUUAAACUGCUGUAUCACCUUGGAAGACUUCCAUGCAACAAUUAAAGUGAGAACAUGCUUUUAAUUUGUGCUGAGUUUCUGUAGGAGUUUUUUUUUAUGCAACUGGUAGAUUCUUGUAACUGGCUGACUCCAGUCCCAAUACAUGCUGGAUAGUGGGGAGUUUAUUGUAUUUUUAAAUGAGAAAAAAUCUUAGAAUAAAGAUCUUUUUGACUGGUGAGACUGAUGUUGGUCUGUGUGUACUCAAAGCUAAGCACAGCUCCACUGGCUUCUGCUCUGUGGCCUAUUGUAUUGCACUUAGAUAUAUCUGAUGAAGUUUGAUUUGUCCACAGUUGCCUACUGUUUCAAGUAAUGAUCAGAUCACUGUUCAACUUCGCUGUGUUUUCAACACUGCCAUAAAUAUUGGCCUCAAUUUGGACAGAUAAAUAAUAGAGAGACAAGUAAUAUUUUGCAUUAUUUCUCUUAUCAAUGUAGAGUGAUAUAUAUUUACAUGUUAACAUUAAUUGUUAAUGUGGUUGUGAUAAAUCCACACAGAAAUGAAACAUUAAACAAAGUAAUUUGUGUUAAUUUGUAGCUAAAUUAUAGAUAUAUAUGUGAUUUGACCAGCAGUUUUACAUAAAACUGAAAUAUAAUUUUGUGUGUAAAUAAUUUGAUUUGUUUUGCAUCUCUUUGUACAUGUACAGGUAUAACAUAUGUACAGAAAUUCUUUCCAGAAGAGUUUUAUUAAUAGUAUUACAUGUGAGGUAGGUUCAGUGAUCAGUCUGCUGGUAAUUUCAUGUUUUCUUUUACAAAUAUGAUUAUUUGUGUAACACAGGGUAUUUGUUCUCCAGAGUUUGACAUGUAACUUGUAAACUUCAUUUACAACAUACUAGUUAUUAUUCCAUUAACUUCUGUGGCAUCCAAAAUCAAAGUGUAUUUAUUGAUUAAAGAAGGGUAUAAUGUCUUAUUCAGGUAAAUCAUAGGCAGAGUUUAGCUGCACUCUUAUGUAAAACAGAUUUUGGUAUUAAGCUUCAGCACAUUAUGCUAUGAAAAAGCCACGGCUGGAAAUGCUCUUAGCAACUACAGGGGCAGGUGAAUGAACAUGUGACUUUCAUUGAUCAUGAAUUUCAUGCAGCAUAGUCAUUUAAAUGCUGUAAGUGGCUCAGUUGUCAAGAAUUUCCUGCUUUUCUCAAACACGAAAGUUCGCUACCAUGUUCAUGAGAGUCCUCUUAGUGUCAAAUGAGUUGAAGUAAAAAUUACCUAAUUUUGACUUAAAAUAUUGGAAAUUUUGUCAUGUAAAUUGUGAUGUUCCUUAUACUCCUCAUUUUCUGUAUCUUUUUAAACUCAGUUGAUGAACAUCUUGCCUUCAUUCUUGCCAGAAGUGUACAUAGAUAACAACCAGGUUUUCUUAUAGUGGAACCUACUUCAUAUUGUAAUAAUUUUGUUUGUUUUUGCUUUUGUGCAUAUGAAAGUAAUUUUGUUGUUUGUUGAGACUGAGGGACACCAAAGGUUAUAAGCAUUUUCAUGGAGCUGUAAUCCAUAACAACAAUAACAGCAUUACAUUGCACUCAUCAGAAAAUAUUAAAACGACACUCACACCUGUCAGUAUUGACAUCAUGAAUGAUUCCACUAAAUAUCUUAAAUCUGAUCUCAGUUCAAAACUUCUCAUUUAUUUUCGUGUAGUUGCAUUGUAAUGCAGUAGAUUUUAUAUCACAGUAAUGAACAAAUGUUUUGCUGAAUUGCUUACACAAUAACACUGAUCAUGCUCUUUUAAAAUACUGUAUGUACAUGCCAAGCUUUGCAGACGUUAUUGAUUAGUCAAAAUGCUGUGUUAAUAAUAAUUUUAAUGAGAAUGUGUCUAGUUAUGUAUUCUGAAGUGAACCAUUUUUUAUGUUUAUAAAGUCUACCAUGUGUAUGAAUUUGUUGUGUGUAUAUAACUGCUGUAUAAAAGACAACAGCUAAUUCAUAGAUUUAACAGGGGUUCAGCCAAAUUUAUACAACAGUGUACCUACCCAUCAGGCCUAUAUCACAUAUGGUAAUAAAAUAUUGUGCAUUAUUGGAACUUAAA